UCGUCUAGUAGCGAUGUUUCUUAUCGACAGAAAAUAUAUCUAGAAAAUAUAUCAAUUCAUAAAAAUUUACUAGAAUUUAAGAGUACUUUUGGAUGCAAUGUUAGACAAGUGCGUGUUGUGUGCAUGAGAUUGAGUGGCAUUGAGUGCGCAAUAUAAAUGGAAUUGCAUGGACGCUACAAAGGACUAAAGAGAUUGACUAAAAUCCCACCAACAACUUGCACUUUGCGACAACGGCGAACGCUGGCUGAGGCGAAGGAGGCAACGGCAACGGCAAAGCAAACGGAUCUUAAGAAGUAGAAACAGCAGCAGCCACGGCUUUCGGUGGAGCCACACAAGAGCAAUGUGCGAGGUUUGCGCCGAUUUCCAAAAUUUAUUGGAGCUGUAUGAGGUUCGCGUGGCCAGUUCGGAGCUUAAGUUUCAGCUGCUGCUCAAGAGCGAAAUUGAGACGACUUUCAAUUAUAUCCAAUCGUGGCCACAGCGUCAGUGCAUGUGUUUGUACCGGGAUAACAAGAACUAUGAUCGCUUUAAUCUAGUGGUGCAAUCGCUCAUUUGUCUUACGGUGCAACACUUGAAGCACAUUGAUCAUCUAAUCGACAGUUACAAACGGCUAACGGCUAGUGCUGCGCAAGUUGUCGCACAGGCGCAGAGAAAACCCACACCCGAAAAGCCCGACAAGGACUCAAACAACGACAAUGACAACGAGAGCAACAGCAAGCACAAGGAGUCAACGUCCUCGUCGUCGUGUUCGCCACCAUCUGCUGGUGACGACAGUAAAUCAACCCUUCCUGAGGCCAGCGGUGAUGAGGAGAAAAAGGCUUCCGGUGACGGUCCAGGUCCACCCAAGAAACCGCCAUCACCACCGCCACUUCAAGUCCCACCAACGAGCAGUAAGGCACAUCCACAAUACACGGAAGAGCCAUGGAUACUGCCUGAGGUGGAGAAAUUGCUGGUACUCGUAUCCAAGGUAUUUCUGCUCAACUUUCCGCUGUACAUUGCCCAUAAGCACGGCAUGCACUCACGUCUGGACGAUCUGCAAGCGGAGGAAGCGCACCACCUGGCUCUAAUCUGUGAUCUACACGACAACGAUCUUCCCAUUUACCUGCUGCGCAACGUGAGCCUGUUCUGCAAUUCUGGAGGCUUUGGCGCUAUGUCGCUGUGCUUUGAACACCCGGACUUGCCCGUAUCCACAGCUCACUCCAUGACUGCCACAGUGUCUAAUGUGAAGCUAUGGCUCAACUAUCACUGCAACACACAACUGUUCGUGCCACUGCGCAGCCGCAUUCUGCAAUACAUGUGCAAGCUCUCCGAUCAAAAUCUUCGCUCGGCGGCAACGCGUGCCAUGGCUGACUUUGUGUGGUCCUCCAUGCGUGAUCCGCUGGACGUGGCCGUCAACUUUGAUACCGAAGGCCUAGCUCUGGCCUUUAAGUACUUUACAUCAACUACUCUGACGAUGCGUUUGGCCGGUAUGGCGCAGAUCAAUGCUCACAUAAAUCUGUUCAACGAGAUUUGCACCACUGAAACUGUCAAUGAGGUGGAGCUUUUUGGCCAGCGCAUAGCCAACUGGCUAACAGAGAAUCAAAUUGUUCAGCAUCUGUUUGGUCCGAAUCUGCACGUUGAGAUUGUAAAGCAAGCCCAUGUACUUCUUAACUUCUUGGCCGUGGAGAAUCAGAUCUCCGAGGAGGACAUCAAACUCAUCUGGCAGGCGACGCAACUGAAGCACUGCUCCAAAACUAUAUUUGAUAUAUUGCCGGCGCUGGUAAAGAAUCUGGCACCACGUCCGGCUAUGCAUCUUUAUUCGCUGCUAUGCCGUAUGGAUCCAAAGGAGCACACCGAGCAAAGUAUUUACAUUGCAUCCGCUUUGACCAAGUUGAUUUGGACGCGCGAUUGUACGCGCAGUCAAAUGAAUUUAAUGCAAGACCAUUUGCUUGGCUCCAAUGUGACAGCCUCCAGCUCGGACAGCGGUAGCAUUGAAGGCAGCAACACUGAGGAUGAUCAUGUGGGCGCUGAUGAUAGCAGCAUCGCUAGUGGCGGUGGUGGUGGCCACAAAAGCCCUGUCGAUGGCGUAACACCUUGUAAACAAGCAAGACACAGGCGUCAUAUUUGCGAUCCCACCACUGAGAAGGCCAAGCAAAUGAGCGGCGAUGACAUAGCCAAGGUGGACAUUAAAAACCAUCGCAUUGUCAACAUCAUCGACAACACCAGCAGUGAAGAGGAACUACAAUCACGAGCUGCUUUGGAGCUUCAGUUACAUCGCAAAAAGUCAAGCAACAAGCGACGCCGUCCGAAAACUAGCAACAAGCAACAGCAGCCGCUCCUACCGCAUGAGCUGGUCGAAAUAUGGGACGGUGCUGAGGACGUGCCCAGUAGCGAUGAUGGCGAUGCUGAUGGCGACGGCGAACUUCUCGCCGACAGUGAUGAGUGCAGUGAUAGUGCCGCCCAUCAACUGGUGCCCGCUGCCGUACUUAAGCAUUUGCACGGCGAAGGUCCAUAUAUACGCGCCAUUGCCGAGACGAACAUCAGCGAACUUCUAAGCGGUGCAGAGAAUGAUGGCAGCUAUUCGUCACCCAUGAGCAAUAAAUCAGAGAAGAAUCUCGCUGACUUUGACGACGAGGACGUUUCACCGUGUGAGGAAGAGUUGGCACAACUUGUAAAUUCGCAUGGAGCACGUGUGACCGCCCCGAAUUGUAGAGAUGUGGCUCCUGCUUUCGCAGCUGCUGCCGCUGCUUUGAUGGCCGCUCAAUCAGCAAUGGCUAUGCAAAAGUCUGGUGAAACAAAUGUAGCCGCCGCUGCUGCUGCAGUUGCGGCGGCCGCUGUUGCCACUGGAAAUGCGCAACAGUCAUUAGUAGCCAUGCGGCAACAGGCCAAUGCAGCUGCCGCUGUUGCUGCUGCGGCCGCUGUUAAGUCCAAGUCCGACUCAGAUGUGGAUCUGGUAGACGUGGGAAACAAACAACAGCACUCGCCCAGGGCCAGCAAUGCCGGAGCAAGCAACAACCAGCCUUCCUUUAAGCUAAACGAUGUCUGCCAGCCGGGCAACACGCUACUCUGGGAUCUGCUUCAGGACGACAAAAUUGGACAACUUGGCGAAUCUUUAGCCUUAGAGGCUGAGAAGGCGCUAGCAACACUACUAUGCUUCAGCAUGGACCGCCAACUGCGCACAAAAUUCAUUGAAGGCUGUCUCCAUAACGUGGCCAACAAUCGAAGUGUGAUCGUCAGCUUGCGACUUUUGCCAAAGCUUUUUGCCUCAUUUCAGCAGUUCCGACCAUCGGACACACAUACAAUGACAUUGUGGGCUGAUCGUAAUCAUCGCAUGAUGCAGUCCUUCUUCAAUAACAUCCGGCACUAUGCCAGGAGGCAUGCAGAGCUGUUAAUCAACCAAAAUGGCGAGCAGCAACAGCAACAACUGGGCCUUCAGCUAUACUCGCACAAGACGCAGGUUUCUGUGCGGCUGCAGUUUCUCUCGUCUAUCUUCUCUUCGGUGGGCUCGCCCAAGACCUUUCGGCUGACGCUGGAGCAGCUGGAUGCGCUGUGGGAGUGGCUCGCGCAUGAUCCCGAGUGUUCAGAUUGCUAUUUUUCGUGGCUUCAGGCGCAAACGAAGGGUGGUGAUCAGCACGCGCUGGGUAUCGACGCACUACAGCACCUAUACUUGAAAAAAUUGCCAGAGCUGCGUCCAGAAGAAUUUUCUAUGGUGGCACUAGGACUUUUCCAGCAAUUGUGCAGCUUCGCGCGGAUCGCGAUGGCCGAGUAUGAAAAGCACAGUGAGGCCAUUACUGCCAACUCCAGCGCCGUGGGAAUGUACCACCUAUGGAAGAUUGCAUUGCGUGCCCAAAGCAACGAGGUCUCGCUGGCUGCAAUCCAAUACAUCAACAUGUAUUACAUGGGCCAACAGUUGCGCCUGGAAAGGGAGUUUGUGUCGCAGUGCAUGGACAAUCUCGUACAAGCGGCUACGGCGCUGGAAUGCAUUGAGGACGAGAACGCGUUGAUGCGAGUGCAGCGCGGGUUGUUGUUGCUUAACACUCAUCUGGACACUUUCAGGCGACGGUAUGCUUUUCAUUUGCGCCGCUGGGCCAUCGAGGGCAAAGGGAUUGGCUCGCACAGCAAUUUGAAAAACGAGGGCGCCGGCCCACCACUGCGGAUUGUGCUACAGCAGGCGGGCUUAUCUGAAAAAAGUCUGCUGCAUAUGCAUGCCUGCGAUCUCAUCGCUGAUCUUAAAGCUGAGGUUUCUAAGUGGUGGGAGAGCCUGCAGUCGGGCAUCGCGGCGCCCGUUUUGGGCCUGCUGUUAAGCGAUGGUCCUCUGAGGAUUAUUACACAGGGGCAGGAGCUUACAUCGGAUUAUGACGAACGAACUCUGGGUGACGCUGGUUUCAAAGACAAUCAGAUUGUGUAUGUUUCAUUGGGUGGACGCGGUGCUCGGCGCAAGGAAACGAACGUAGAGCAUCCAUCAAUGUUACCGCCACCACCCAAGGAGUGCCUGCCCACAGUACUCCUCCUACAGCCCAAGUACUUUGAGAAACUGUUCUGUUUGAUGCAAACGCUAGGAGACAUGAAGCCGCAAUCUUCAACGGUGCAUCUGCAGCAUCACACAAAGGCGCAGCUGUUGUCGCGCCGAGUGUGGGAUAUUUUGGCCAUGUUGCCCACCAACCCGCAUAUACUAGAUGCUUUCAAGAAUCUGGUUAACGAUCUCAAUGAACUGCAGCAACUGGACGAUCAGGAGCAGCUGGCCAACAAGCGCAAACAAAUUAAGCAAAAGUUUAACGAGUUGCUUGAUCCUAGCAAUCUUCAAAAGUUCAUGUACUCUUUGCACAUCGUCGAGAGCCUGGCGUUAAGUAGCGGCCCGCGUCAAACUGGUGCUUCCUGUGGUCCUGGUGGGGCUGGCGCCAAUGGUAAUCUGGCUACUAGUGAGCAGCCUCGCAUCAAAAAGAGCGCAAACAGACGACAUAACAGCAACGAACAACCGGCGGAGCCGAAACGCAGCAGUAGCAGCAGUGACUGCAGCAAAGAGCAGAUGGGAGGCGACUUGGACGCCACGGUGACAUCAGCCCCACGCUCUGGCAGCGACGCAGAUAUUACCGAGUUGGUCAGCGGCGACAAGGAAAACCAGCCGAAACAGCACAGUAAACGGCAGAAAAAGAUCGAUGGCCUUGACCAGGAGCGUCCAUUGGGCUGUGCCACACCGCCGCCACCUUCGCCUGCAUCCACAUUACCAGCAACACCAGGGCGCAGUGCGCUGCUUGGCGAGAGUAGCAAGUGGAGCGAAGCAUUUAUCAAGUGCGCCGGGCUGCAGCAUCUGUACGAAAUCUUUAGUGCAGGACAACUGCAGCAAAGCGCGCAUGCCAAAGAGCUUGCGCUAAACGAAUGGCGUCAUGAUUGCUUGGCCAGCCUAUUGCGCAUCCUUUGGUUGUUGGGCUUCGAGGAGCUACAGACACAGGAUGUGCACGUGCUGAUGUCGCGACCACAUGCAUUCAUGCUGCAGCUAAUGGAAGUGCCCCAGUGCCUACAGCGCCUGUCCAGCAUACUUAACGAUGAAGUCCAUCAACAUUUGUCAGCCGGCGCCACUUCGCUGGUAUUCCCAUAUCAGUUUCAUCAACUGCGGACUGGUUUCUGGGGACGUGCACAGCUUGUUCAGUUUACUAUGAACAUUCUGGUGAGUUUCGUGCAUGCUUCAGCAGAGGCGCGUAGCUUACUCUGGUCUCAGCCGGAACAAUGUAAUUGGCUGCAGAAGUUCAUACUGGAAGACCCGGAGCCGGCGGUGCGUCGCGAAAUUUGUGCCGGUCUCUAUCGCAUCUGUUUGGGCAAUGCGCAAAGUUACCGCCUGCUGUUGGCUCCUCUGCUACACAAACUUAUUGCAUUGCUGCCGCGUGCCGAGCAAAUGAGCUCUUCAGUGCAGCACACCCAGUUCUUGCUUUCUGAAGAGGGCAAGGAGCCAUAUGGACCAGCUUGUCGGGAUUAUUUUUGGCUACUGGCGCGUCUUGUUGACACUUUGACGCCCGAAAUGGUAGCCGAGGAGCGUAUCGAUAUUGAGUUGCUAUGCGAGAGCGUUUCGGAGAGCAUUCUCAGCCGAGACUACCACGAACUGCGCCAUGGCUAUCAGGAUGAUGGAUUGGUGGGCUUACUCAAUCUCAUGUCCAAUCUAAUUAAGUACGACACUAGCUACAAGUACAGACCCAAGGCAUUAAGCUUCAUUGAGCAGCUAAUCGAGUUCCUGUUCGAAAUGCCCUCUCCAGCCAAUCGCCAAAAACCCAAAUGCAAAUCAGCCACCUCCCGAGCCGCUGCCUAUGAUCUGCUGGUGGAGCUGUGCCGCGGCUGCGCCACCAACUAUAGCUAUCUGCACGCUCGGCUGUUGGCGCAGCACAGGUCCGGUCCGAAGCAGCCAUAUCCUUGGGACUAUUGGCCACGUGACGAGGGACGUGCCGAGUGUGGCUAUGUGGGCCUCACGAAUUUGGGAGCUACCUGUUACAUGGCAUCCUGCAUACAACAUCUAUACAUGAUGCCACAGGCCCGAGCAGCUAUUUUGCGACUACCGCCAGCUGGCACCCAAAAACAUGCACCGACGCUGCUGGAACUGCAGCGCAUGUUCGCAUAUCUGCUAGAGUCUGAGCGCAAAGCUUAUAAUCCGCGCAGCUUCUGUCGCGUGUAUCAGAUGGAUCAUCAGCCCCUCAAUACGGGCGAGCAGAAGGACAUGGCUGAGUUCUUCAUUGAUCUGGUGUCUAAGCUAGAGGAAAUGACGCCAGAUCUAAAGCAUUUGGUAAAGCGUUUGUUUUGCGGCACUUUAAGCAACAAUGUUGUUUCUCUUGACUGCGGACAUGUCUCACGCACCGCUGAGGAGUUUUAUACAGUCCGGUGCCAAGUGGCGGACAUGCGAAAUUUGCAAGAGUCGCUCGAUGAGGUCACUGUCAAGGACACGCUUGAAGGGGACAACAUGUACACAUGCUCACAGUGUGGUAAGAAAGUGCGAGCUGAAAAGCGUGCCUGCUUCAAGAAACUGCCUCAGAUCCUGUGCUUCAACACCAUGCGGUACACCUUCAAUAUGGUGACCAUGCUGAAGGAGAAGGUCAACACGCACUUUUCGUUUCCAUUGCGACUCAACAUGUGCCACUACGUAGAAAAGACUCUGAUGCCGCAGCAAUACAAGGAGGACCGCGAGAAGCGCAAACGUGAACUUCAACAAAAUGAGAAUGAUGAGGGGGCUGAGAAUGAAAAGGCUGAAGCCACACUAGACGCAGACAUCGAGGAGUGCUAUGAGUAUGAAUUGGUUGGCGUUACAGUGCACACAGGAACAGCGGACGGUGGGCAUUAUUAUAGCUUUAUUAAGGAGCGCACGAAAAGCAACUACCACCCGCACGAGCGUUGGUUCCUGUUUAAUGAUGCUGAGGUCAAGCCUUUCGAUCCCUCGCAAAUAGCGGCCGAGUGUUUUGGCGGCGAAAUGACGAGCAAAACCUACGACUCAGUAACUGAAAAGUAUUUGGACUUUAGCUUCGAAAAGACAAACUCAGCGUAUAUGCUUUUCUAUGAACGUCGCUUGCCAGAGCAUUUGCAGCGGCGGCACUCGGAACUUCUGGCCACGCCAACGCCAAGUCCCACUAAUGAGGAUAAGACAGAAACGGACGAGCCGCCCAAAGUGGAGACGGUCAAUAUAAAUAAAAAUGAUCUGACAACAGCGGACAUUGCGGACUCAGUUAAAGCAGAGCCAGAGCAAGUGAAGAUUGAAAAUUUGCAGGAGGACGAACAAACCGAAGAUCAAGACGGGACUCAAAAGAAGGGAGGGAGAGGAAAGGAUCAAAUUACAGCUAAUUGUGAUAAUUUAAAGUCGAAUAGCACAGAAACGCAGGCGUCAACCUCAAAGGCGGCCGUCGUCGUGGAUGCCAAAGUGUCUAAUAAACUACAACAGUUUCGUCCAUUGUUGAGCAAGGAGCUAGAAGAUUGGAUUUGGCAGGAUAACCGACAGUUCUUGCAAGAUCGAAAUAUCUUUGAGCACACCUACUUCAACUUCAUGUGGCAGAUUUGCGGUCACAUACCACAGACGUUAAUCUCGGAGACGGACGUCACUUGCAUGGCCGCCAAGUUGUCCGUUUCAUUUUUUAUUGAAACAUUCAUACAUGCCAAGGAGAAGCCCACCAUGGUUCCUUGGGUAGAGCUGCUUACAAAGCAAUUUAACGCCAGUGAAGAGGCUUGCGAAUGGUUCCUAUCGCACAUGUCAGUUGAACCAUUUUGGCCUGUGCAGGUGCUAAUUCAAUGCCCAAAUCAAAUGGUGCGUCAAAUGUUUCAGCGUUUAGUCGUUCAUGUUAUACAGCGGCUGCGCGCGUCGCAUGCUGAUCUGUAUCUGGGUGUGGAUACAGACGAAAACGACAGGGAGCUGAUUGGUCAAGCAUCAUGUGUUACACGCUUCAUAAGCUCGCUAAUUUCACUGCUGGAACAUGGAGCGCGCUCUCAUCUGCGCCAUCUAUCCGAGUACUUUAGCCUGUUGUGUGAGUUCUCGCGCAUGGGCGAUGAAGAAGCCAUGUUUUUAUUGCGCAUCGGCGUUCUCAAGAGCUUGGUAGACUUUUACCUGGGCCAUAAGCAAACAGAUAGUAUUGACAUCAGCUCAGACAAUGAGGACAACUCUUCAGAUGAGGCGCUCUCAGUAGAAAAAAUGCGUCCAGCAUCGCUAGACAAAAUGAUUGCACUAUGUGCUAGUCUUGUCGAGCGUUCGCGAGGCGCUGAUUUUCGAUUGCGUCUAUCGCCCAAAGACUUUAAUGCCAUUGCCGGUGGAAAGGGCUUUCCAUUUUUGUAUCAACAAAUAAAGGAUGGCAUUAAUCCGCACCAGACAAAGCAUUUAAUCCACGCGCUCUGCCGCUGGGACGAUCGUUUGGCCACCCAAAUCAUCAGUAUGCUCUUCGCCUCGGUCACCAAACACACUGAGCUCUGUGCACCAUUCUUCAAGUUGCUGACACUGCUCACCGAGACACAGGGCGGUCCAGUUGGCCUGCCCUGUUUUACGCAGCUGGUGUUGCCACGAAUGUGGGAUGCGGCAGAGUACUGUCCACAGUCUGUGCUUGACUGGCUGUCGCUGCAGGCCACCAAGAAUAAAAUAGCGCAUGCCUGGAUUCUUCAGUCCGCCGAGCAAUGGCUGGAACAAUUUUUACUCGCGCAUGAUAAUACGCGCGUAAGAAAUGCCGCUGCCUGCCUGCUGGUGGCGCUGGUGCCCUCCCAGCCGUUUCGUGCCAACUUCCGCGCUCACUCGCAACAUAAGUUGUUGGCUCUCAAUCCGCACAGUUAUCGGGACAUCAACAGCGAUGCCCAAGUUGUGCUGCAUCAAGUGAUAACAUUGCUGCUGCGGCUGCUGCGUCCAGCACGCGCUUAUGCAGACAUAGGGGCACAUGGUACUACCAAGCUGACCGCCUAUUUUAAUCUACUCAGCUACUGUAUGGUUUCAAAGACUGAAAAACUAAUGGCAAGUUUGGCAGCACACAACCACACAGCUUUCUGCACAUCUCUGUUCCGAUCGCAGCUAAAUUUGUUUCUUUCGCCAACAGAUAGGUUCAUUUAUGCGCUCCCUAUGGGAGCUGUUUCAUCCGCGCCUCUCUGAGCCCAGUGUGCCGGCGCAUCACAACAAACAUGCCUUGCUCACCUUCUGGCAUCACUCGCUUGUCGACUGCCCGGAAAAUGCGGCCCUGGUGGCCAACUGCCCGGAGAUAACGCGCAACAUUGCAUUUAACUA